AUGCAACCCAGAAUCAAAGCGGCUCGCUUAUCAUCGACAAUAAGUGAAUCGAAAUGGGCAACUUUAUCAAAAGCUGAUCGAUUACCGGCAGAAAGUGUUCUUGGCGGCAUUGGUGGUGGUGUAAUGUGCCGGCAUAUGAUAAACGAAAUUAGUUCACUGACAGCUUUUACGAACAUCGAUUCGUCACCAAAAUCUGGACAACAGUUCUCAGAUAUCAGCUUCUGUCAUGGAAAAGUCAUUGUCUUAGCAAACUCGUAG